AUGACAUCAACACGCCGUGCAUGGGUCGUUGACACCCAAACUGAGGACCUCUCCGGCCUUGUCUUGAAGGAUCUCCCGCUGCCUGAGAGCAUUGGCCAAAACGAGGUGCUUGUCGAGAUCAAGGCUGCGUCAAUCAACUACCGCGAUGUGGUUAUGGUCAAGCUUGGCUCGUCCGUCAACGGACUGACCCAAGGCGACACUGUAGUGACGCAUCUCGUCCCUGAAAAUUUCCCAUCUGAGGAGCUGUACGCCUUGGACGACGAUACUCUGCCGCUCAUGGCACACAUCACGGCUGGACUGGGCGGCGCGCUGAACGGAACCUUGACAACCCACGCUAUCCUUCCUGCGUCGUGCCUCGUCAAGUUUGACAACCGCGCUCUGUCAUUCAAGGAGGCGGCCACAUUGUCAUGUUCGGGCAUCACGGCUUGGAACGCUCUGAUGGGCCUGCCAGGACGUCAGGUGAAGAAGGAUGAUUGGGUCCUCGUCCAGGGGAGCGGAGGUGUCAGCGUGGCAGCUCUGCAAUUCGCGGUCGCAGUGGGUGCCAAUGUCGUCGCGACUACAGGAGGCACCGGAGAGAAGGAGGAGAGACUGCGACAGCUGGGCGCGAAACAUGUCAUCAACUACCGAGCGACCCCUGAAUGGGGCGCGGAGGCGCGAAAGCUGACGCCCGGUGGUCGAGGUUUCGAUGUUAUUGUCGAUGUCGGCGGCCAUUCGACUCUGUCGCAGACGAUGAAGGCGAACAAAGUUGAUGGGCUGGUUGUGUUGGCGGGCAUGCUCGGCCAGAGUGAUGACCCGGUGCCUUUGAUGAGCAUCCUGCUGAACCCGUGUACCACAAGAGGUAUCAUCUUGGGAACACGCAACAUGAUGAGGGACAUGGUUGAAUUUGUGGGCGAGAAGCAGAUCAAGAUGGCCACUGACGCUCAAUCACUCACGUUGAACGGUCUAAAGGACGCAUUGGCGAGGAUGGAAGCGCACAAACACUUUGCCAAGAUUAUUGUACAAGUCGGUUGA